AUGUCCCUGUUUAUUCAGCAGCAAUUAGCAGUGAGCCUCACUGGAUCACCCAAAAAAGACCUGAAAGAUAUUGCCUCAUCUAUCCAAGCAGAAUAUUUCUUUUCUACAUUUAAUUUCUUUCUUUCAUUCGUCCCCCUCUUUUGUAACUUUCUUCCGUCUUUUUACUUCCUACAUCGUUUUCUCUUUGUUUUCCUUACUGUUUACUCCUUCUUUACUUUUUGCACACGUUUUUUCUCAUGUUUUUCUUCAGAACAUACGUCUAUUCUUUUCUCUUUCUUCGCUAUUACUUUCUCAUUUUCAUGUUUUCUUCUUUCCAUCUGCUUUCUUGCUUUCAUUUUCACAGUCUCUCGCAAAACACUUCAUUUCUUUUUUAAUACUCGAUGCUUUUCGGUUUUCCUGUCGACCGUUUCGCUUAUUCUGUUUUUGUCAACUGGUUCGCAGUUCCACAUGCGCAGUCAAAGAGACAAACGCCUCUCUUUUCUAUUUAAACCGUUUCUUUCAUUCUUUCUCAUUAUCUUUCUUUCUUUGAUUCUUCCUCAUUAUCUUUCGUUUUUUCUUACCACCCCACUUCCUUUCGUUCUUUCUUACGACCUCACUUUCUAUCGUUCAUUCCUAGCACCUCGCUUUCUUGCGUUCAUUCCUACCACAUCGCUUUCAUUCCAGGUCGCUUUAUUUUCGUUUAUUCAUACCUCCAAUCUUUCUUUAGGUCAUUCUUACAUACUCUUAUUUCCUACCCCCGAGCUUUCUUACGUUCAUUCCUAUAUCCUCUCUUUCCGUAAUUCCUACCUAUUUGAUUUCAUAUCUAUCUCCUAUCUCCUCGCUUUCCCACUUUCAUUCCUAUCUCCUCGGUUACUUUCGGUCAUUUCUAUCUCUUCGCUUUCUUACAUUCAUUCCUACUAUCUCGCUUUCUUAACUUCAUUCCUAUCUCCUCGCCUUCUUUCAGAUAUUCAUACCUCCUUCCUUGCAUGCGUUCACUCCUCGAUUUCUUAUGUUCAUUACUCUCUCCUGGAUUUCUUUCGGCCAUUCAUACUGCUUCGAUUUCUUUCGUUCAUUUUCUACCUCCUUGAUUUCUUACGUUCGUUUCCACUUCCAAAUUUUCUUUCGGCCAUUAUUAUUUCCUUGUUUUCAUUCAGUCAUUCCUACCUCCUAGAUUUCUUUCGUUCAUUCCUAUCUCCUCGACUUCUUAGGUACAUUCCUAACUCCUCGCAUUUUUUCGCUCAUCACUACUUCAUGGUUUUCUUUCGUUCAUUCCUAUCUCCUCGCUCUUUUACGUUCAUUCCUACCACAUCGCUAUCUUAUGGUUCAUUACUAACUCUUAUUCUUAUCUCUUUCCUUGCUUUCGGUCAUUACUAUCUACUAUCUUUCUUUAGUUCAUUCUUACCUCCUCGCUUUCUUACGUGCAUUCCUUUAUUCUUGUUUUCUUACGUUCGCUCUUUUCUCCUCGCAAUCUUUCGGUCAUUCCUAAAUCCUCGCUUUCUUACGUUCAUUCCCUCCUCCUCGCUUACAUUCGCUCCUCGCUUUAUUAUGUGUAUCCCUACCUUCUUGCAUUUGUGCGUUCAUCACGACUUCCUAGCUUUCUUUCGUUCAUUCCUACAACAUCGAUUUCUUUUUGUCAUUCCUUCGGCCUUGCACUUUCUAACUCAUCGCUUUCUUACGUUUAUUCCUAUCUCUUUGCUUUCUUUUGUUCAUUCCUACCUCAUACAUUUCUUUCGGACAUUCCUACUUCCUAGUUUUCUUUCAUUCAUUCUUAUCUCCUCUUCUUCUUACGUUAAUUCAUAUCUCAUCCUUUUCUUUCGUUCAUUCCUGACACCUAGAUUUCUGUAG